AUGGGCCUCCAGAGCACCAAGCACUCCAAAGUCAAGCAAGCUAACAUACUGAUGUUAGGACUUGAUUCUGCAGGAAAAUCUACACUGCUGUACAAGUUCAGGUACAACGACGUUUUUCUGACAAUGCCAACCAUUGGCUUCAAUGUUGAUAUGAUUGAAACGGAGAAGGAUUUCACACUGACCAUUUGGGAUGUUGGAGGACAGGAGAAGAUGAGACAGGUCUGGUGCCGUUUCCUGGAAGACGCAGACGGACUGCUCUAUGUGGUGGACAGCUCUGACAAGCAACGUCUGGAAGAAUCAAAGAAAGAAUUUGAACUCAUUUUAAAGAAUGAAUUUAUGAAAAGCAUACCAGUCGUGGUGCUGGCCAACAAGCAGGAUGUGCCCGGAGCUUUGAAUGCUGAAGAAAUAACCAGGAGGUUCCGCAUGAAGAAGUACUGCAGCAACAGAAACUGGUACGUGCAGCCCUGCUGUGCUGUCACAGGAGAAGGUUUGCCAGAAGCUCUCCAGACACUAACUGCAUUUGCCAAGCAGUACAGGAGAUCAAAGGAGACUUUGACAGUCUUUAAGGAAAUCAAAACACCUUAAGAAUUUCUAUCAUCGAUUUCUGGUGAACUUUAUUCAAUGUGUUUUGUUGGACAGGCUGAAGCUGAAGACACUGGAUUCUGGAGAACUCUUUUUAAGUGAAUGUUUAUAAAGAACUUUGAAAAUAUUAAAUUACACUGUUAUACCUGCACAUGCUUUUGAGAUACUUCUCUGCAGCACGUUAUUAGUGAUUGUAUGCUCAGGGUUAUUCAGCUGAGAAGUGUGGCUACUGAAUGAGGAAAAAGGUGGAGUUGAGCUCCUGAAUUUUAGCAAGUGGAAACAAAAUAGGUAAGCAGUGCUUCAGAUCCUUAACUCAAGUUGUUUUGUCAAGACAUAAAAUAGCCAAGUCAUUUUUUCAGCAAGAAGAGCAAGAGAUAGCAUGUUGUUUCAUAAUAAAUGCUCUGUGGAUGUAUUUUUAAUGUAAAAAUACAGUGUUUUAGAGCUGAAACUCUUAAGUUAUGUACAAGAGAACCUAUGAACCUGAAAGACUUGUUGGAAAUUAUUGCAUUCCAGAAUUGAUUACUCCUAACAGAUUUUAACAAACAGGAUCUGCUCCUCUUCAAACCACAAACUGAGAUCUCAUGCUGUUUGAGAGGUCCUGGUCUGGUCUCCUGUUGUCACAGGUUUCCAUGAGCCCAUUCCUUUGUGCUUGCACCACUGGAUUGCUGUCCUUAGCCAAGAGUGGAGCAAUGGGAACCAGUGUGGGAUCAGUCUGGUGAAGCACUGGUGCCUGUUGUCUUUGGGGUGGGGGACAAAGGAGGGGGC